AUGGAACGCAAAGACGUAUUAAAUCUGGGAGCUGGACCGUCUGCAUUGCCAGAGCAUGUCCUCCAAGAGGCAGCGAGGGGCCUUUUGAACUACAAUGGCACAGGAAUGGGCAUUACAGAAAUAUCACAUCGCUCAAAAGAGUUUCAACAACUCACAAACGAUCUCUCGGCCACUCUGCGCUCCUUACUCAACGUCCCACAGACGCACGAGAUCCUCUUUGCCCAGGGUGGCGCAUCCCUCGUCUUUUCCUCGAUUGUCCUCAACUUGCUGUCGAGGUUCAAACUCCUCCAUCCCGAAAUCCCUGCAUCAGAGACGUACAUUGACUAUGUCGUGACAGGGACUUGGAGCAAAAAGGCGUCGGAAGAGGGCAAGCGACUGGCUGGCUCUGUUGGUGUCAACGUCAACAUUGCAGCAGACUCGAGAGCAUAUUCAAAAGAUGGAAAGUCGUUUGAAUGUGUACCACCGCUAGACGCCUAUAAGUGGUCCCCACCCGCCCAAACCGCCUUUGUCUACUACUGCGAAAAUGAGACCGUCAACGGCGUCCAAUUCGCCUCUUCCCAAGCAGUCUCGACAGCAUUCCCACUCAACCAGUUCCAGGACAACAUUGAUCCUCCUAUCAUCGCCGACUUUUCCUCUUCUUUCCUCUCAAGACCGAUACCCAACAUCAGUUCGUAUGGGAUGAUCUACGGAGGGGCACAGAAGAAUGUUGGUCCAGCCGGCCUAACGAUCCUCAUCGUCCGCAAAGAUCUUCUGGUCGAUGUCGACGCCGCACACAAACUCGGCGCACCGGUCGUUCCUCUCACAUUAUCCUACAAGACCUUGGCCGACAACGGAAGCCUGUACAAUACACCACCCAUGUUUUCCAUGUAUGUCUCUCUCCUAGUGGCCAAGGACAUUGCUGCCAAAGGUGGCCUGGUCCCACUCGAGGAGCGAAACUACCAGAAACAAGAGACAAUCUACGGCGCGUUGGAAAAGCUCCAAGAAAAGGGACUGAUACGAAUCAACGUUCUCCCGGGUAGUAGGAGCUGGAUGAAUGUCACAUUCGUCUUCCUCCAACCGGACAAGGAAAAGGCAUUUCUAGAGGCAACAGAGGCAAAGGGUCUACGGGGAGUCAAGGGACAUAGAUCUGUAGGAGGCUUCCGAAUCUCGCUCUACAACGCCAUCACCCAAGAAAAUGCAGAUACAGUCGCGACUGUUUUGACAAACUUUCUAAACUCUUCUACAUAG